CCACAGGGCGGCAAUAUGAGACACCCUCCAAUGAAAACUGGCCGCCUGGGGCACAUAGGACAGACAAGGUGUAGGUAUACCCGUGCUGUUCUUGUUGCCGCUUGACUCUUGCGAGCUGGGACACCUGUCUUCAACAAAACAACUUUGUAACUGGAACUGAAAUGAAUGGGCAAUUGAAAAAUACUUGGUAUGAGAGUAUUUUGCUAAAAGAUGAGAAAGCAUCCUGAUAUUUUGAUAUUGGUGUGUUCUUCUCUCCCUAUUUCACCAGUAACAAGGGAUAAAUACAUAGUAUGAACCAUAAUAUAACAUUUAAUUAUCUUGUUUCAGCAAAUACCUAGACCCCACCCCUGCCUUUGUAUUACUACAGUAAAUCUUGGUUCUGAGUUUGACUCGCAUGUUCACACAGUGUAACUUGUAUUCAGCAUCUGUUUGUUCACUUCUGAGCAGGUUGCCAUGUUUCAAAAAUUCCCUGCCUGCUGUGGAGAUCACUCAGCUAUUUUAGGAGAGCCAAAGCAAUGGGCAGCAGUGUUGCUUGACAUCUUGACUGUUAUACUUAAUUGCUGGUGUAGGCAGCUGCAGCAACUGGGCUUUUGAGAUCUUAGUUAGUGGGAAGGCGGGGGGGGAGGGUGAAUAAAGAGGGCAAUAAGCAGGCAGAUAUUGUUUUUAUUUUCCUUCCUUUUUGGUUAAUGUGCCUAUUGUACAUCUUCUCCCCCCCCUCCCCGCCCCCAGCUUAACAGGUUGAAAUUAGACAGAAACUUGCCUCUGAUUUUCUUUGACCUUUUUCAAUAGGUUGAAAUAGGCUCCCCUUCACCUAAUAUCACAGAAGGGGAAGUAGUAGGAGUGGUGCUGUUAUACUGGGGGUGGUGGUGGUGGAAAGAAGGCCAAAGAGCUGGAACUAAACAUGGUAAGAUCUUGUAGGAGUCAGCUUUUUGUUUUCUGCCUUAAGCUUUUCAGUAAGAAUAAAUGUAAUUUGAAGCAUGUGAUACAGAUAACAUUUGAGAAUAAUACCCUCUUGGCUGAAGUUUGUCACGUUUUAUCUUAAGAUCUGAGAAUCGCCUCUCUUCUAAAUGUCUGCCAAGUGUGGGAUAUGUUCCUGGUUUGGGUAUGGGGGAGGUAGAGGAUUAUUCUCUCCUACAAAAAAGGUCUAAAUCUUUUUAUAGCAAAUAGUUGUUAGUUAGAUGAGUUUGGCAAAGUUGACUGUCUUAUUCUUGCUGUUAACUUGGUACUCAUUUUGUACAAAAAGUGUCUUGGUUUAGACAGGCUUUUUUAGUAUAUUAAACGGCGUGCUUGAUCAAAUGUGUGUAAUGGGAUGCACUAGUUAACUUCUGCCACUCUUGUUCCCUAAGCUUUAGAACUGCAAGCCUGGGCACUGAGGGACUCUCACAGAAGCGGGACUGUGGGCAGGCCCUUGCAUCCAUGCUGGAUGACUUCAGUGGGAUUUGGCUAGCAACUCUUCAGUGGGCAGAAAUGCGACUUAACCUUUAAGAUAAGACUUCUCCCCUUUGCCCCUGUUAUCUAUUUAGCAACGUGCUGUUCUGUUGGCUGUGUAUCUUUCCUCAUUUGUCUGCUGUGUGUUUGUAUGUACACCAACACAUCAUGUGUAUGAUCAGGGAAGAUGCCUGUUUACUUCAGCAUGAGAGAAUAUUGUAUCGCUUAACUUUUGAAACAGAAGGAAGGAGAAGGUAUUGUGUUGACCAAACUACUUAAUUGCUCCCCACUGUUGUAAAAUCCCUCAAGAGUCACUGGCUGUAAGAUGUCCUUUAUCACUUAGAAUAAUCUUUUAAGCUAACUAAGUAUGAAUGCAUGUAUAUGCUUGCUUUCUUCUAAUACAUAGUACAUACCAGAUUUUGUAACUGGAAGUUCUUACUUUGUUACAUAUUCUUGCAAGAGCUGAUUUUUCCAAUUCCCUUGUUUCAGAGCUGUAACGCUGGGAACUUCCACUAAAAAUUUACUUCUGUGGUUGUUGAUAUUGAGUCCCUUGCUUUGCUUUUUGUCAGACGUGGCCAGUGCAGGCUGCUAAUUCUUUGAGCCCCCACUGCUCAGACCUCCUCCACUACAAAUCUGUGGCACUGUAAGAGCUGCUCACGUGGAAGCACUUUUCUAAUAACAGUUGCUUGUACCUGCCUCUGCAGUGCCUAGCUGUGGCCGGGGAGGGGGGAGGGGGAAGAUGCCCCCAGACACCAGGUGGUUGUCUUCAAAGCUUCCUGCCCGGUGGAACCAGCAGGAAGAUCUGAUGUGUGACCAUUCUGUAGAGGAGCCAGUAAGAAAGUGAAAGGUGGGGGGAGUCAAACAGUGCAGAUGGGCAAAAUAUUGCGAACUGUGUAGAAGGGGGACAGGAAAGACAGGAAGUGAAAACAUGAAAAGCAAGGCAAGCCUUGUUGCAAGUUAAGGAUCUGAACUGUAGGAAGACUAACUAGUUCAAAUACUGAUCCUGGAAAUGAGGUACUACAGAAACACUGCCCUCUUGGUGAGGAAGAGGGAGGGAAAUGAGCAUGGGAAGACAUUCUGUAGGAGAAGGAUUGUGACCCUGAGAAAUAUGAAUUUGAGGAACUAUGCUAAGACCUAGUGUUCUACUGUUUCUCAACAUCAUUUUUAAUCCUAGGUUGUCAACUUGCAAGCCAGUGUUUGUGCUUCAACUAUGCAAGCGUCUAAGGAAUAAUAAUUAAAAACAAAAGAUAGUUUUGAAGUCUGUACUCUGCUAGCCAAAAUCUUAAAAUGGGGUGGACCAACACAUUUUUCUUGGCCAGGCUGAAAGUACGCCAAUUGCCUCAGCUACUAGUAAAUGGUGAUAACCACCAACCGGAUCACAGGGUUGGUACAGUAGGCCUCACUAAACUUAGCUGCAACUAAGAAUUUCUCCUACAUCAACUGAGUUAAGGCUGAUGCUCUUGUGGAAUGUGGAUUAAAAGUGCGUGCUAAGUUCCAAAUUUCCAUUUGAGAAGCGGAGAAAGUAAAUGUACCACAACCACCAGCAUCAGGACAGCAAACCAAGGGACAAAGAAUUUGAUCCGCAGUGUUGAUAAAUGUUAACUGGUUCACGUGUUGCUUAAAAGACGUUUGCUGGGGGGCGAGAACUGGACAUCAGCUGUGCGAAGUCAUUUUGUUUACAAUCAUGAGGGCUUCUUUGGAAACAGCAGACAUUGCCAUUGUGGCGCUGUACUUCGUGCUUGUAAUGUGCAUAGGUUUUUUUGCCAUGUGGAAAUACAAUCGAAGCACCGUAAGUGGCUACUUCUUGGCAGGGCGUUCUAUGACCUGGGUAGCUAUUGGUGCAUCUUUAUUUGUGAGCAAUAUCGGAAGUGAACAUUUCAUUGGGCUCGCAGGAUCUGGAGCAGCAAGUGGAUUUGCAGUAGGUGCAUGGGAAUUCAACGCCUUAAUGCUUUUGCAGCUUUUAGGAUGGGUCUUCGUCCCUGUCUACAUCCGGUCAGGAGUGUACACCAUGCCUGAAUACUUGUCCAAGCGUUUUGGAGGGCAUAGAAUUCAAAUAUAUUUUGCAGCAUUGUCUCUGCUUCUUUAUAUCUUCACCAAACUUUCAGUUGACUUGUAUUCAGGGGCGCUUUUUAUUCAAGAAUCUCUAGGUUGGAACCUCUAUUUGUCAGUUAUCCUCCUUAUUGGAAUGACUGCACUGUUGACUGUGACCGGAGGUCUUGUGGCUGUCAUCUACACAGACACGCUUCAAGCUCUGCUUAUGAUUAUUGGUGCCCUCACACUUAUGAUCAUAAGUAUUACGAAGGUUGGUGGGUUUGAAGAAGUUAAAAAAAGGUACAUGUUAGCAUCACCAAAUAUUACGUCUAUCUUGUUAACCUACAACAUUUCUAAUACCAAUUCCUGCAAUGUCGACCCAAAGCCUGAUGCUCUUAAAAUGUUGCGCGAGCCAACAGAUGAAGAUAUUCCCUGGCCUGGAUUUCUGUUGGGACAGACUCCAGCUUCUGUCUGGUACUGGUGUGCUGAUCAAGUCAUAGUGCAGAGAGUUUUAGCAGCAAAAAACAUUGCUCAUGCCAAAGGAUCCACUCUGAUGGCAGGCUUCUUAAAGUUACUGCCAAUGUUUAUUAUAGUUGUUCCAGGGAUGAUUUCACGAAUACUGUUUGCAGAUGAUAUCGCCUGUAUUAAUCCAGAACACUGUUUUCAAGUCUGCGGAAGCAGAGCUGGAUGCUCUAACAUUGCCUACCCACGUUUGGUGAUGAAACUCGUACCGGUUGGUCUGCGGGGACUUAUGAUGGCUGUGAUGAUUGCUGCACUGAUGAGUGACUUGGACUCUAUAUUCAGAAGAGUCUUUGUGGCUUUCAUGGUAGUUAUAAGCAUUGCCUGGGUUCCCAUAAUAGUAGAAAUGCAAGGAGGCCAGAUGUACCUUUAUAUUCAAGAGGUGGCAGACUAUUUGACUCCACCAGUGGCUGCUCUGUUUCUUAUGGGUAUCUUUUGGAAGCGUUGCAAUGAGCAGGGGGCGUUCUAUGGUGGAAUGGCUGGGUUUGCUCUGGGAGCGAUACGGUUGGUACUGGCUUUUAUCUAUCGUGCUCCAGAGUGUAACCAGCCGGAUACUAGGCCCGGCUUUAUCAAAAACGUCCAUUACAUGUAUGUUGCUACCGCUCUGUUCUGGAUCACUGGAAUUGUGACCUUCAUAGUAAGCCUCCUAACACCGCCGCCUACAAAGGAGCAGGUUCGAACGACCACUUUUUGGGCUGUGAAAAACAGAAAUGUAAAAGAGAAUACUGCAAAGGGGGAGCUGUACAAAGUGCAAGAAAAGAGCAUCUUAAAAUGCAAUGAGAACGCUAAUCACAUCAUUCCAAACGGCAGAUCUGAAGAAAAUCUUAAAAAUAUUAAGCCUGAGGAUAUCAAUCUUCUGGUAACUUGCAGAGAUGACAGCAACCCAGUGAUUUCUCUAAGUCACUCUGAAGUCGAGACACCAGUUGAUUGUUAUUCGAACGGACAAGCGGCUUUGAUGGGUGAGAAAAAGCACGAGGAAGAAACUGAUGAUAGCGAGAGACAUUUGAAAUUCAUAGAUUGGUUCUGUGGCUUUAAAAGUAAAAACAUGAACAAGAGAGCUGUUCGGGAGAUCGAGGAAGAGACUGUUUGUUUACAAAUGCUGGAAGAGACUCCAAAAGUUAAACUAUUACUAAAUACUGGACUGGUCUGUGUCUGUUCGCUUGGAAUAUUCAUGUUUGUCUAUUUCUCUUUGUGAGUGAAUAGUGAACUUUUAAGGGUAUGGCUAAACAUACAGAAGUUGAUACAGGUCUCUGGAGUUUUUUUUUUUUUCUUUUCUUUUCUUUUUUCUGAAUAACAUAACCGCAACCCAGGCAUUGUUUACGCUAUAAUUGUCAAAUCAACUUUAGCCAAUUUAGAGACCAUUUGAGACAUGUUGUGCUAUCUCUGCUGAAGGCAGAGAUACUGUUGUGUACUGUCUCUUUUUCCUUUUUCCCUUUUGGUCCCUCCCCCCCCCAUAUGCAGUACUAACCUUUUUUCUUUCCAGGUAUACAUAAAUAAAUAUACCAAAGGCAGGCAGGUGGCUGUGUUUGAGGUCAGUCAGUUACAAAGCUCAGUCAGCAUUGAGGUGAAGACAAGAAGUAAUCAUUUACUUAAGUGUAAAAUCUAAAUGACUAAAGCUGUGUUGGAAGACUUUAAAUGCAAGACUGAUGCACAUCAUUGUACAGGUGUUCUUUGUUAUGUAGCUGUAUUACCUUGGCCAAAUUAACGCUUACUAAUUUUGCUCACUGCUUCUAGUUGUUUUUUUUUUUUUUUUCUAGUUUCUCAGUUCUUAUGGGAACAAUAAUAUUUUGUUUCAUUAUAUAGUAUUUAGAACAUGAUAUCUGUUAGCAGCUUUUUGCCAUUUUUCUCUGUAAGGAAAGGUUUGUCUAACUUUUGAUUUUAGCCGCUGUAAAUGCCAUUAUAGAAAAAUUGCUAUAUUUAAGAAAAAAAGGAAGAAAAAAAAACCUGGAGAGGAUAAACGGGCAGUUGAGGAGAGUGGGAAAAGAAUAUUCUCUUUACUUGGGUUUUGUAGUACAUACAAAUGCAAGAAUAUAUAUUCAACACCUUCUUCAGUCCCCAAACCUUUAGCCUUGUUUUUCCAUUUACAUAAUUAGGGUUAGCUGCUUAUUAGGGAAAAAAAUUACACAUACCUUCUACCAUGUGGAAAAAAAGAGAUGUGUGAGGCUAGCCUUUGCCUAUCCUUGGUUUGGUAAACACACUGAAAAAUAACUCUUCUCCUUUGCUAUGUGUAGCUAAAGGAAGUACUCUGCAACCCUGUCGCUGCCACAUAGUGAGUCUGUGUGAGGGGAGGAAAAGUGGGAAAGAGGUGGAAGUGGUCCUUAUUUUCCAGAGUCCUUUUACCUAUUGUCUUCUCCUGCUUCCCCUCUUGCCCCAUAUCACACCUGUUUUUAGGAGUGACUAGUGAGGGAUUCUGUGCGGGAGAUAGAAAGCGAACGCUGCAGUAGUCUGCGUUGUUGCUGAUUGAGGUCUUUGCAAAAAGUGAAACUUUUCCCAGGCAAGCACAGAAGAUGAGAGGUCCUGAGGUACUAAAGUUCCUUUUUCCCAAAGGAUGGAUAGCCAAGGCGGUUUCCACUUCUACAGGACUUCUGUGCGCAGAUAGCUAAUGGAGUUCAGCAGACUGAAAGGCUGCAGCACUAGGUCCUAAAUCUUCUCUUCAAUUUCUCUUCCACUUCCCCUUUGUAAAAUAGCGUGCCACCAUCCUGGAUACUCUCAUCCUUACGAUUGAGCAGCACUUUGAGCUCAGUAGCCCUGACUUACUGAAGCUUCUGUCUGGCUACAUGUGUUUUCGCAAACUAAACAAAGUGAGGACCUGUUCUCCGGCCUUGAGAGCAGCUGACACAGUCUGGCCACACUGUUAAACUCUCUCAGCCUCCAAAACGGAGUGGUCAUAUCCAGGCUGCCUUUGAGAGGGAUACCUGCAGUUGUCUUAACUCCUGAGCUUGUCUUGGGAAUUGUUUGGGAGAGUGCCCACUGGAGAGCAGUGCGGGGGACCCUGCUAACAGUUUAUUAGCGUAAAAGAGUCCCAGAAUGUUUCCCUGGCGCUAAUUUGCUAAUAUAUACAAGACCUAAACCCUAGUGGGUGAAUUAGUUCUGUGGAGAUUGAAUUUGGGUAAUUCCUGCCAUUGACUGCUGGAGAAAUUUUGUUUUCCAGUAUAGUGGUCCUGUAAGAUAUAGGCUGUCUAAAUAGCUUUUGGUAGUAUGAUAUGCAAUACACACUAUCAGAUAAACGGGCUAACUUCCAGUUUUGUGUUUGUGUGUGUUGUGUUUUUGUUUUUUUUUAAGCAAACGAGUCCUGUUAUUUCUGAGGUUUUAAACAGAGGACAAGAUGUCCCACCUUUCUCUGCUUUAUUUAGUUGUUGCCACUGGAAAAUAGAAUACUGUAGCUGGAAAUACGGUAGUAAGUGUAGGAGCUGUAUUGAAAUAAAUACAUGUGGCAGAGGAGAGAAGAGUUACCAUACCUGAGUCUUGAUGUUAAUAUCGGUGUGACAAGACGCAUCUUCUUACGUUUGGUGUGGCUGGCUUCAUUCAGAAAAAUAGUUUUGAAUCCUUUCUAAAGAUCAAAUUCUAGUCUGUGAAAUACAAUGUCAAUGGAAACUCAGGUCCAUUCAUCAGUGGAGUGAGGUAGGGAAGGAUGAUCCUGAAAGCAGAGAGAGUAAAACGUAGUUAACUUUCUGUGUGUGAUGAAGUAACCUAGGGCAAAACAUGUCUGAUCCCUGUGGGAUGAGGAGUAACAAUUUGCGGAGGGUAAGAAGAAGUAUCAGAGCAGCAGUAUCUUCUUAAAAGGCUAUGAUCUGGCUAAUAUGCCUAGUUUGGUACAGG